AUGACUCAAGGAAGUGCAUUCAAAAAGGAACAGAAAGAACAUUACCAGCACACUUAUGCCGACAGCGGCGGGGAACCCAAAGCUGCCGAAGCGCGGCACCGGGCCCCCCCCGUGCCGCCCCGCAGCCUGGCGCGGUACCCGCAGCGCCGGGCACGUUCCGCCCGCUCCAGCUCUGCCUCCUCGCACGCUCUCCUGCUGCCAGCCGCGGUGACGGCCCGCCGCAAAACAGAAGGAGCGAGCGCUGGAAGCGGGCAGGAGAGCUCAGCCGCUCCGCUGGACAGCCCUGCUUCCGAAGGCAAGAUGCACCGGCAUGAAAAGCGAACACCUCGUCUGUUUCAAAGCGAAGCGCGGGUCGCAGAGGUCAGCGGGCAGCCCGUGCCGCCCGGCUCGCUCCUGACCUUGGGUGCGCCGCGAGACGCCGACGGACACACGGACGGAUGGACGGACAGACAGACAGACACGCGGCAAAGUCGGGAUGCGCGCUCGCGGCGAAGCACGUUACCUGGCACGCAGCACCGCCCGAGGGAUCAACGGGCGGUCACCCCCCCCUCCGACACCUCCGCGCCGGGGGCGGGCGGUUGGCACGGCGCGGCUCUCCCGGCCAUCCCGCGCGACGGCACCGGGGGGACAAACGCCGGGCAGCCCCGCCGCCGCAGCUCUGCUACUUUUCACAGCCGGAGUUUGCAGCGGCGCCGGCAACCGCCGCCUUCCAGCGCCCCCGCCGAUCCCCGCCCCGCCCCGCGCACCGAGCGGCCGGCGCGGAGCAGCUCGCCCGGCGCCGUCCCGCAGCCGCAGCAACUUCUGCCGCGCGCCGCUCUCGCGGCCCCGCCCGGCCGCGACCCCCGCGCGCCUCCCGCCGCACCUGCAGGCAGCCCGGCGCGGGCUGGGAGCGCUGCAGCGGGCAGCUCUGCGGAGCCGGCGCCGCGGGCGAGCCCGGGCGGUCGGGGCGGCGCCGGGCGCUGCCGCGGGCGGAGCGCGCGCUCGGCGCGGAGGGGCGCGCUGCCUCAGGCGGGCGGAGCGAAGAUGGAGGCUCGGCAGCCGCCCGCCCAUCCCGGCCUGACACGCCGACGGGGCUCGGCUCCGGCGGAGCUACCGCCGCCGUCUGACGCCCUCUGCCGUGCGGCUCCAGGGCGGGCGGCGGAGGUACCGGGGCGGCGGUUGUCCGGGCGGGAGGUGCCAGCCCUGUCCCAGGUCCUGCGGAAAGUUGUUUUAGACGCGUGGGCUAAAAGGGGACCGAGUUCCCCCCGUGCCUCAUCAAACACUCACCGCCGAGCUCUCACAGCAGGUUCACCCAGCCCCAAAGCCACUCGCGCGGCGGUCAGACGGCGCCGUGCCCACGCGUGA